AUGACGUUGUCAAAUGGUCUGCCCCGGUCAAACUCCUGCAAGGCGCACGCAAAGGCGCGCCUCCAGGAAAUUCUCACGCCCGACUUACUUGAGAAGCUCCGCCGGUUCUGGUUCAAACACCUCAAGACGGAAGAAGCUUACAUCCUGCCUCAGAAAUGUCAAAUGGGUAGAUGGUUCUUCCCUGAUGUUAGCUUUGACGAGGUCUGCAUAAAAAAAUACCGCCCUGUUCUUGAGGCUGUAAAGUCGUCGAGAGCAUCGAGCAAAGAAAUACUCUCAAUCAUCAGGCCUUUCACACCUCUGCAAUGGCUGAGUCUGGUCCUACUCCUGGAUCAGGUACCGCGAAACAUCUAUCGGGGCUCUGAGUCGUCCAUCGUCUUCAAGCUUUUCGACCCCAUCGCCCGCGAGAUCGCCCAGCACGCUGUAAACGCCGGCGCCCCGAAUCAUAGCAGAGUCCGGUACCGCGUAGCCUAUCGAAUGUGGUUCUACCUUCCUUUCAUGCACUCCGAGGACUUGGCACUACACGACUUUGCUGUCAAGCAGUAUCAGCGGAUGAAGGACGACUUUGAGGAGCUCAUGGCCGAUGACGGCACCGCUGGCUCUGAUGAUCAGCGAAAGUGUUGGGGAGUGUUGGCGGUGCAGAAGGAGUCGGCUAAAGACUUGCUGGAAACGAACUACGACUUCGUGGUAAAACACCGGGACAUCAUCGUACAGUUUGGAAGAUACCCGCACAGAAAUCUGGCCAUGGGCCGGCCUUCUACACCAGACGAGAGAAAUUAUCUCGAGAGCGGUGGUGAGUCCAUCAGCAGUGACAAGUAA